CUCCGCCCUCUUCCGCAGCCUCCUCAGCGACUCAGCUGGUGCAGAUAGAGCUCGCGGCGCCAUGGUGAAGAUCGCGUUCCACUCGCCCUUCGCCCGCAAGGAUGAGCCUAAGAAGGAGGCUGCCGAGGCGCUGGUGGCCGAUAAGGAUCCAGAAAUUGCCACACAUGGAAGUGAAAACUCAUCUGGAAGAUGCCUGUUGACACUUCUGGGUCUUGCAUUCAUCUUGGCAGGAGUUGUGGUUGGUGGAGCCUGCAUCUACAAGUACUUCAUGCCUAGGCAUAAGGUGUUCCGUGGAGAAAUGUGCUAUGUUGAAAAUGAAAAUCAGGAUCGUGCUGUUGAACCAUACUUCCUGCCCAUUGCAGAAGAAGCUGAUAUUAGGGAAGAUGACAACAUUGCAAUCAUUGAUGUUCCAGUUCCAAAGUUCUCAGAUAGUGACCCAGCAGCUAUUGUUCAUGACUUUGACAGGCUUCUGACUGCUUAUCUUGACUUGCAACUGGGUAACUGCUAUGUGAUCCCUCUGAACACAUCCGUUGUUAUGCCACCAAGGAAUCUGAUGGACCUGUUUGCAAAACUGGCGACUGGUUCGUACUUGCCCCAGACUUACCUGGUUCGUGAAGAAAUGGUGGUAACAGAAGAGAUAGAUAAUGUAUCUGACUUGGGCAUCUUCAUUUACCAGCUUUGUGUAGGAAAAGAGACCUUCAAACUGCAGCGCAGGGAUCGGAUAAUGGGUUUGCAGAAGCGCUCUGUUGAGAACUGUCAUGCAAUCAGACACUUCGAAAAUUCUUUUGUCGUUGAAACUAAGAUCUGUCAACAGUGAAUGGCACUGAAUAGAAAGUGACUAUUUCACAUCUUCAUUUGGAAGUCUGAGCUACACAACCAGACUUCUCAAUUAAAAUGUGCAGUGAUAAUCAAAAGCCUUAUGCAUUUUCUGUGUAUUGCUUGUGUUUAUAAAACAAAUUCACCGUUUCAGCUUUCUUUGAUCCUUGGUAUAACAGCAUAUAUUUAGUUUUUCAUGUAAAAACAGAAAUUUGAGUAAAUUUAAAAGAAAAAGAUCAUUUCAUUCAUUGGAUGCGUCAGAUUUUAGAAUAAUCUGGAAUGGCAAAAAAAAA